GUACAGUGUGAGGCGUUCCUUGUCAUUCAGUCUUUCAGGCGUCGAUCAGCUGAAGUGUAGGACACACAGGCUUGCUGCUGGGAUUACCACGUCCAAACCACCAGCAGUAUGAAUGGCCAGCUGGACCUAAGCGGGAAGCUGAUCAUUAAAGCUCAGCUGGGGGAUGAUAUCCGCCAGAUCCCCAUCCACAAUGAAGACAUUACCUAUGAUGAGCUCCUGCUGAUGAUGCAGCGUGUCUUCCGUGGGCAGCUACAAAGCAGCGAUGAGGUCACAAUCAAAUAUAAGGAUGAAGAUGAUGACCAUAUCACUAUAUUCGACAGUUCUGAUUUGUCCUUUGCAAUCCAGUGCAGUAGAAUAUUGAAGCUCACUCUUUUUGUGAAUGGGCAGCCUCGGCCACUGGAGUCGUCUCAGGUGAAACAUCUGCGUAGAGAAUUGAUCCAUUUGAGGAAUAAAGUGAACAGCCUGCUGGACAGCCUGGAGCCGCCCUCCGAGUCUGUCCCAGGGAGCAACAACCCAGCAACUGAAUGCAUGAAUGAAGCAGUAGAUUCAACAGUGAAGUUGGCUCCUCCGGUCAGUGCUGCUAGUAUGUCUGCGUUUGACCCACUGAAAAACCAGGAAGAGGUCAACAAGAAUGUCAUCUCAGCAUUUGGCCUGUCUGAAGAACCUGCCCCAGCUCCUGCUGUAGCUGCCACCAAUGCUGCAGAGGAGCGCUCUGCUACUCCAGACAGUAUUGGCUCAUCCUCAGCAGCACCUCCUCCUUCUGUGGCUCUCCAGGCCCCCCCACCUUACUCAGGGGUCCAACAACCUUCCCCUGCUGCUGUGGAUGGUAAAUGCACUUACGGUCAGAUGUAUCAGCAGUAUCAGGCUCCAGGUGGAUACCCUCCACCAGCUGGACUCCAGCAGCAGUACGGGAUGCAGUACUCUGCGGGUUAUACACCUCAGCCUGGUGCUCCCCAGGCUGCUGCUCCUCAACAGCAGUUCCAGAAUUACCCCACCCCUACAUCUCAGGCUGCUGGUGCUCCUGGCUCCGCCCCUGGGUUUUCCGGCCAAUCACAACCUCCUGCUCCCCAGGGACCAGCCCAGUACACACCCGGAGCAUUUCCACAUCAAAACUACUCAUCCCAGGCCUCUCAGCAGCCAGCUAACUAUAGCCUGGCUCCAACCUCACAGGCCACAGGGGGUUAUCAACCCCGCCCUGGAUACACCCCUCCGCCUGGCGCCACCCCUCCUCCUGGGAGUGCUAACCCCUAUGCCCGAAACCGCCCCCCUUACGGCCAGGGCUAUGCCCAGCCAGGCCCUGGGUAUCGGUAAAAGCCCUUUAAUGACCCCACAGCAUCUGUGGUCUUUUUUGUGUCUCCAGUGCAUCGACCCCUCUGAAUCUCUGUGUUUGACAUCCUAAUAUCAUGUUUGUUUGUGCUUUGGGUGAAUGUUGAUGGAUGUUUGAAAGAACGAGAAUGAGCUAGUGCGAUUGUAUAUGUGUGUGUUUGCACACAUAGGAGACCAAACGGUGUGGUAGUGGAAUGCUGUGCGUCUGUUGUAUGAAAAGUGAAAAUGUGUUUUGUGGGUGUGCAUUUUAUUUUAUCACCGGUCUCCUCGUUGGUGUUAUUUUGUCAUAAACCAUGUCAUCUAUAUGGUCUCUGUUUAAACACUAUAAAAUAAUAAUCUAAGGACAUGACAUUUGUUUAGUUUUCUCUAUUUCUUUACUUUUUCAAAGCCCUCUGUCCUGGUUUUACUAAUCCCUGACUGGCCCUCUGCAGAUAAGCCUUUAAUUUCUGUAUAAAAUGUAACAUUGUUUUCAGGAAGUUAAUAAAAUCUUUAAGAGUGAAAAGAUGGGAGAUUUAUUUUUUUAAUUUUAUUUAUUAAAUCAUAGAAUUAAUGUGUUUAUCUGCUGUUUAGAUCCAAUUUUCUAUAAAUGAACAACUUCAUUUUCUGCAAAAAUGACAAUAUUUUUAUUUGGGAGAAAUGUUGCCAGUACUUCAUAGUAUUUUUUAGUUUUUUCCAGAGCUGCAUUUUUAUUUUUUUUUCAUAAACAGUGGUUUGUAAAAAAUUAAUAAAACAUAAAAUACACUGUUUGUUCUUUUAUUGGUAGAGCAGAUUCAUUUCAAACCACAUAAAAAUCAAACGAGUUUAAGGAAUAACAAGUUUAUAAAAUGAGGCUGUUGUAAGCCUUCUCUGGAAAUCAUGAGUCAUUGAACUUCUGUACAAAACAAUUAAUGAAGAGAUUCUUGUGAUUUUUAUUAUUAUUAUUUUUUUUAAUUCCUGACAAAUACAAAAUAUACUUACAAAAAGAAAAGCUUAAGACUUUACAUGAGUAAGUCACCCAAAAAGGAAAAUUAUUUCAUAAUUUUCUCCCCCUUAUGCCAUCUUGGAUGUGGAUGACUUUCUUCUGCAGAACACAAAGAUUUUUAGAAGAAUAUCUCAGCUUUGUAGAUCCAUACAAUGCGAGAGAAUGGUGACCAAUAUUUUGAAGCCCCAAAAAGCACAUAAAGGCUGUAAAAAAGUUAUCAAUAAGACUACAUUGGUUUAAUCCAAGUAUUCUGAAGCAAUCCAAUCUGUUUUGUGUAUGAACAGACCCAAAUGUAACUGCUUUUUCACUAUACAUCUUGCCAUUGCAGU